UGUCACAUAACUAGAAAGAAAAAUAAGUACUAAAGCAUUAAGUGCUCAUUUUGCCCAUGAGAAGUGAGGCUCUGGGAGCGUGUCUCCACUGAGGUGCGGGAUAUGAUGACCACUUUCCAGGGCGCAUGCCCCUGGUGUCCUGUCCGCAUGUGGCCUGAGGUCUGGGCCCUCCAGGCCUCACCUUGCUGUGCUUCUGUCCCCACUACAGUGCAGCUCGUUCACCCUCACCAUGGCCUCUGCCGGAAUGCAGAUCCUGGGAGUCAUCCUGACGAUGCUGGGCUGGGUGAAUGGCCUGGUGUCCUGCGCCCUGCCUAUGUGGAAGGUGACCGCCUUCAUCGGCAACAGCAUCGUGGUGGCCCAGGUGGUGUGGGAGGGGCUGUGGAUGUCCUGCGUGGUGCAGAGCACAGGCCAGAUGCAGUGCAAAGUGUACGACUCGCUGCUGGCGCUGCCGCAGGACCUGCAGGCCGCUCGAGCCCUCUGUGUCAUCGCCCUCCUGCUGGCCCUGCUUGGCUUGCUGGUCUACCUUGCUGGGGCCAAGUGUACCACCUGUGUGGAGGACAAGGAUUCCAAGGCCCGCCUAGUGCUCAUCUCUGGGAUUGUCUUUGUCAUCUCAGGGAUCUUGACGCUAAUCCCCGUGUGCUGGACGGCGCACGCCAUCAUCCGGGACUUCUACAACCCCCUGGUGGCUGAGGCCCAAAAGCGGGAGCUGGGGGCCUCCCUCUACCUGGGCUGGGCAGCCUCAGCCCUUUUGUUUCUGGGUGGGGGGCUGCUGUGCUGCACGUGCCCCUCGGGGAGAUCCCGGGGCCCCAGCCAUUACAUGGCCCGCUACUCGCCAUCAGCCCCUGCCGUCUCUCGGGGGCCCUCUGAGUACCCUACCAAGAAUUACGUCUGACGUGGAAGGGAAUGGGGGCUCCACCAGUGCUAGAGCCAUCCAGAGGUGGUGGUGCCCAACAGCUUUGGGAUCUUUUGUUUCUGCCUCCUCCUACUGCUGUCCUUUUGACUGAGGGUAUUUAAAAUCCGUUGAAGACAACCAAGAAGGUGACUCAGACUCCCACCUGGGAUCUGCUGUUUCUCACCUUGGGAUGACGGAGCCAAAGAGGGGAUGCUUUGAGAUUCUGGAUCUUUCUCCACCAUAGAGAUGCCCAUCUUAGAAGCCAGUCGAGCUGUGGAACUAAUGUGGAGGCUGCUUGCUGUGCUGGCCUUUGGGACAAGACAGACUGUCCUCAAGAGUUCCUGCUGCUGCUGGGAGCUGGGCUUCCCUAGACUUGCCAGGACAGCCACCCCUCCAUCCUACUCAGGCCUCUGGAGCCCCUCUCUUCACCUCUGGGAAAGCAAGUGAUCUGUUAACAAAGGACUGCCCUCCUCCAGAACUUUGGACCUUCUCUGUCCUGAUAGGAUGUCCACACCUCCAAAGGUCCCAGCUGUGUAGACCCCCCCACUGCCACCUCCAGUACUGUACCCUUCUGCCCUGCCCAUCCUGCCCUGCUUAUACUCAUGUUUUUACCAAAUAAAGCAUGUUUUAUUGGUG